AUGACGCCUGUCCCAAUCCCUCAGCCGCCGGGGCUUCCAUUCAUCGGCAACAUCGCCGACAUCGACGCCGUACGGAGCAUCGAGUCUUUCAAAGCCUUAGCGAACAAGUACGGUGAAAUUUACCGACUAAAUGUUCCAGGGGCAAGCCUAGUAGUUGCCACCACGCAUGAAUUAGUCGACGAUGCUUGCGACGAGAAGAGAUUCAAGAAGGUGCCGAAUAACGUCUUGCAACAAAUCAGGGCGGGCCUUGGCGAUGGAUUGUUCACGGCAUAUAUCGAGUCGCCCAGCUGGGGCAUCGCUCACCGCGUCUUGAUGCCGGCUUUUGGGCCGAUGGGAAUCCGCGACAUGUUCGAUGAAAUGAAGGACGUCGGUACGCAGCUAGCCCUGAAAUGGGCGAGACAUGGACCUCAUAAGAGAAUCCUCGCCGCGCAAGAUUUCACGCGGCUAACUCUCGAUACGAUUGCUCUAUGUUCUAUGGGAUACCGAUUCAAUAGCUUCUACUCCGAGCAGAUGCACCCCUUCCCCGACGCCAUGACCGAAUUUCUGCUCGAGAGCGGACGGAGAACUCAACGUUUACCCUUGCCGGGGAUCUUCUACAAAACUCAGGAUGCCCAGUUCCAGGCCCAGAUCGACGUCAUGAGAGAGACGGCCGAGGAAGUUCUGAAGGAACGUGUCGCGGACGUGGGUAACCAACGGAAGGAUCUUCUCGCCGCUAUGUUGAAGGGACGAGAUCCGGUGACGGGGGAGAAGAUGAGUGACCAAUCCAUCAUCGACAACCUCAUCACUUUCUUAGUCGCGGGGCACGAGACUACUUCCGGAAUGUUGUCCUAUGCUAUGUACCGACUUAUAGCGAACCCCGACGAAUAUCGAAAGGUACAGCGAGAGGUUGACGAAGUGGUAGGCAAGGGCCCCAUAACGGCAAACCAUAUGUCAAAGCUCCCGUAUAUCUCUGCGGUUCUCCGAGAAGCGCUGCGUCUGGAUUCGCCUAUUCCGAUUUUCGGGGUCUGUCCCCUCGAGGAUAAUACAUUGCUCGCAGGGAAAUAUCCGGUGCACAAAGGGGAAUUCGUCCAAUGUUUACUUUCCACAUCGCAUCUUGAUCCGAAAGUAUUCGAGGACCCUUUGGUCUUCAAACCGGAGAGGAUGCUCGAUGAGAAUUUUAACAAGCUGCCGAAGAACGCGUGGAAACCAUUUGGCAACGGCGUUAGAGCGUGUAUCGGUCGGCCAUUUGCAUGGCAAGAAGCCGUGCUUGUCAUGGCGAUCCUCUUCCAGAACUUCAACUUCGUCUUAGCUGAUGCAGAUUACAAGUUAGUCCACAACCAGACACUGACCAUGAAGCCCGAUAACUUCUACAUGAGGGCCAUACUGCGCGACGGCUUAGACCCUGUUCAGCUCGAACAUCGACUUGCCGGAACGGAGGUACCAUUGAGCAAGUUGAAAAUCUCUUCGGGCGAUGUCACCCCUACUAGCAACGGCGUCCGAGGUCAACAUAUGACGGUCUUGUACGGCUCGAAUAGCGGGACCUGCGAAAACCUGGCGCAGCGCUUGGCCAUGGACGCGGUAUCGCACGGGUACGAGGUAACUACCCUCGACUGCAUGGACGCUGCCGUCGAAAGGCUUCCCAAAGACCAACCCAUCGUCGUCAUAACUGCAAGUUACGAAGGGCAACCCCCGGACAAUGCGGCCCACUUCGUUUCCUGGAUCAGCAGCAUGGAAGAUAAGCAAGCGCUGCGCGGUUCGUCGUACGCGGUCUUCGGGUGCGGUCAUCACGACUGGGCGCAGACGUUCCACCGGAUCCCGAAAUUGGUUGAUACGAAACUGGAAGAGCUCGGCGCGACGAGGAUCGCGGAUCUAGGUGUUGCUAAUGCUGCUAAGGAGGAUAUGUUUGUUUCGUUUGAAGCUUGGGAAGACGAUGUGUUCUGGCCAGCCUUAGACGCCUUGCGGGCUAAAGAAGGGGGCGAAUCGCUACAGGAAAUGAAACAUGCGCCUUUGAAGGUAGAAGUAUCGAAAUUGCGCUCGUCCAUGCAAAAGAACGACGUAGAAGAAGGCAAAGUCGUGGUAACGCGAGUACUCACCGCGGACGGGGAACCCAUUAAGAGACACAUCGAUAUCCAGCUUCCUCCCGGUACUAGUUAUAGGCCUGGAGAUUACCUGACGGUUCUCCCCGUCAACCCCAAGAACACCGUUCAACGAACUAUGCGCCGAUUUGGAUUAUCGUGGGAUACAACCGUGAAAAUCAACGGCGCCGGCACGAGACUGCCAACCAACGAGCUCGUCCCCGCCCACAGCAUCCUAAGCGGCUUCGUCGAGCUCGCGCAGCCCGCGACCCGGCGAAACGUCCUCGCGUUAGCAGACAUAGCUACUAGCGAGGCCGACCGCGACGCGUUAAAGAACUUAGCCUCCGAAAGCUACGACGCCGAGAUCAUCGCAAAGCGGGUAUCAAUCCUAGACCUGCUCGAAACAUACCCCUCUAUCGACCUACCACUCGGAAAUUUCCUAACAAUGCUACCGCAGAUGCGCGUCCGGCAGUAUUCCAUAGCCUCCUCGCCCCUCGCCGACCCACAAAUAGCAUCAAUAUCCUUCUCCCUAAUCACAGGACGCGCGAACUCGGGCCGCGGCUCGUACUCCGGCGUCGCGAGCACAUACCUCGACGGCCUCGAAGCAGGAGACCGCCUGCGCGUCUCGGUGCGCCCCGCGCACGCGGCCUUCCACCUCCCGCCCACGCCCGAGCAGACGCCGCUGAUCCUCGUCGCGGCGGGGACCGGGAUAGCGCCAUUCCGGGGCUUCGUGCAGGACCGCGCGGCGAUGGUGCGGGCGGGGCGCAAGGUGGCGCCUGCGGUUUUGUACCAUGGAUGUCGGGAGGCGGGACGGGAUGACUUGUACGCGGAGGAGUUGGCGGAGUGGGAGGAGCUUGGCGCUGUGGUUGUGAAACGGGCUUUUAGCCGGCGGCCGGAGGAGUCGGGUGGUGCGAAGUACGUCCAGGAUCUGUUGUGGGUUGACCGGGAGCGUUUCCUGGAUAUGUGGCGGAGGGGCGCGCAGCUUUACGUGUGCGGUUCGAGGAAGAUGAGUAAGGGGGUUGAGAAGGUGGUUAAGAGUAUAAGGCAGGAAAAUGCGAAGGCGAGGGGUGAGCGGCUUAGUGAUGAGGAUGCGCAGAAGUGGUGGGAUGAGUCGAGGAAUGUUCGGUAUGCUACUGAUGUGUUUGAUUAA